AUGUUCUGGGGAAGGUUUCCGUUGCGUUCAGGAUGGAUGGAUGGAUGGGUGGGUGGAUGGAAGAUGGAAGAUGGAAGGGGGGGAAAUCUGAAGAGGGGAGAGGAGGAGGAUGAGGAGGAGGUACGCGAAGGCUCGGAGGCCGAUGGCGAGAUGGUGGGUAUCUAUCUCUACCUAUCGGGAUCAAUGGUUGAGUGGAUGGGCAUGCUGGCAUGGUAUCUGUCCACCCUCACGCUCCGAAGCCCGUCAGACUCGGCUUUUAAGCAAACAACAGCAAAACUCAGCAGCGAGUUUGAGUUGAAGAGGCACGGAAGUAAGCUGCGUGAGAUUGUUCAUGAAGAUCAGAGACAUGCCUACGUGUACCUACCCCCUGCCGUUUCCAGCCGUCAUGCUUGCUCCCUCCCUGAUAGUUUGAUGCUGUGCACCGGGCGAGUGCAGGACGCGUAA